CUGUCCCUCUCCCCUCCCACCUCUCGCCUCCCUCCUCUCCCCCCUGCCCCCACCAUUUCCAUCUCCAACUCCACCACCCCUCCUGCCAUCCCUCCCCCGCCCUCUCUCCCCCCUCCUCCCUCUUUCCAUGCGUUGGAUGAUGAGAUCCGUAAGCUACUGGUGCUAGCAGGACUGACCCAGGCUGAGCUCCUCAAACUCAGCCCAGAGCUGGGGGUUUGUGUGGGGGGACUGGAGGAGGAGGGAGAGGGGGAGACCCACCACACCUCCAGGCCUGGACAGACACAAGAUAGAGGGAUGAGGAGAAAAGAGGAGAAGGCUAAGGAGCAGUAUGAUAUAGAUGGGUUGGCUGUGGAUGGAUGGAGAAAUGGAGGAGAGAGGUCAGAGGUGGAGAGGGAUAGAGAGACUGAUAUAUUUGGAGGAGUAAAGGAGGAUGAGGGAGAGAAAGAGGAGAGCAGAGAUGUGUUUAGAACCACGUCUUUCACUGACAUGGCGAGAAGGAGGAAGAGAAACAGCGGGUUUGGGGCUAACGUUAGCCUAGCAUCUGACUCCUACUACAGCACUGGCAAUACCAACACCUCUAACAAUGUUAACUUCGAGACUUUCAAAUAUUCCCCUGUGCUCUCGGAAACCCCUCCCCCGCCUCCCCCGCGUCCCUUACCCCCUGUCCCCCCUACCCUGCCCCCCCUCAAAGUUUGCACCCUUCUCGCCAACUCUUUACGCCCUGAGCGAUUUGAUUGGCUCAUGGCUUUCUCCCCCGAUGGUGAAACCCUGACCCUGCCCCCGCCCUUGGAAGUUAGAAAAUCCAAUGAGGAAACCCUGAAGAAAUCUACUUCCGGGUCAACGUCGUCAUCUGGGUCAACAUCAGGGUCGAGUUCAAAAGUGAUGACCUUCAAGGAACUGCGUAACCGUAGCAAACACAGCUCCCCGGCCUACCAACUAAUAACUGAACCGGAUCCUGAUCCCACAGUCAUAACCCCUGACCCUGACUUCCUCUACAACCUCAAGUGGAGGAGGGAAAAGACGGACAGCGACGGAAUCCAAUGGGAGUACACCUCCCAGGCCCAGGCCACCUUCCUGCAACCACCUCCCCUCACCUCACUGGCAGCUUUUAGGGAAAUGUUCCAGAAAGCAGAGGAUGCGAUUGGACAACCCGAGUUAUGUCCCUCGCAGCGGAUUGGGUGCUCAGCCAGUGAAGGGAACCUGUGGAGGAUGGAUGGACAGAGAAAAGAGGAGGGAGAAAAGAGGAAAGAAGAGGUGGAGGUGAGAGGAACAGCUGAUGGAGGAAGAACCUGUGAGUCAAGAACGACAGUGUCCUCACCCCCUCUCUCCCUGGCCCACUCCCAGCCCUCCUCCUAUUUCCUCCACUCUGUAAUCCCUCCUUACCACCCAGGAUACUGUGGUGCUCAUACGAGACCAGUCCCCAGGACCCAACCUCACAGCCACACUGAAAUCCAGUCCACAGCCAUAGGCCCUAACCCCUACACUACCCAGUCCACGGCCCCUAACCCCUACACUACCCAGCCCACAGCCAUAGGCCCUAACUCCUACACUAACCAGUCCAUGACCCCUAACCCCUACACUACCCAGUCCACAGCCACGACCCCUAACCUUUACACUUCCCAGUCCACGACCCCUAACCCCUACACUACCCAGUCCACAGGCACGACCCCUAACCCCUACACUACCCAGUCCACGACCCCUAACCCCUACACUACCCAGUUAUCUAACCCCUUUGCUACACCAUACACUCACACAGAUAUAAAUGAAGACAGCCAUGGAACUUAUUCUGAGAAUGAUAUUGAUUCUGGAUAUAGUGACUAUUUUAAGAAGGAUGGAGGCCUAGACUCUGCACAUCGUUUUGGAAAGGACUUCAAGAGCAACAUUGAUAGUUUGUAUCGUUAUGUGAAUGAGUCCAAGACUAAAGAAAGGCUGGAGUAUGGCUUUGUCUCUGAAUCCAUCACUGACUUUGACUCCCUCUACUGCACCGCUAACGUCACUGAUAAACAGCCUCACACCGGCUCACACACACUCGUCAGCAAUGACACACACACUCAAGGCUGCACCACCCCAUAUAAAAACGUUGACGCGAUGAUGAUGGCAUAUGCCAAAACACACACUGUCGGUUCCCUUGGUCGCACUGACACACACACACACACACACACCUCUCACCCUGGCCAGAGCAGAACCUCUAAAGAUCUCCCUCCCCUCCCUACCUGGUACCUCUACCACCCCAAAAACUGUCCCAUCCACAGGGGUGCCCCUCCCCGCCUCUCCCCCAUUGGGGCUCUCGACCCCCCCUAUCGCUCUGGGGCCCCCCCUCCGGGCCUGGAUGCGUCCUGCCUCAGCUCACCCCUGUUUCCCCGCUCUCACACCCUCCCUGCCCUGGCCGCCCCCCUCUACUACCCCUUCCUCUACCCCCCUAUCCCCCUCAGGAAAACCUCCGACCCCCCAAAACUCAUCCAGGCUCUGCCGCUGCCGCCCACGCUGACGGUUCGUAGCGUCUCAUUUGCCGGCUCUGUACAGAGAGGCGGGAUUUCCUGGAUGGGCGAUGACGUGAAGGUCCCUCUGAGAGGCCUAGGUCUGUCCUCUCUGUGCCUGCUGGAAAAAAGAGCUCUGGUCAGUGCAGUCAGUGUGGCAGUGGAGGCCAUUUUGGCUCAGUUCAGCUCCUCACGGACCCUGGUGCAGAAGUCUGCCUCCAUUAACAAGGCUCUAUCAGGAGACAGCAGUGUGAAUCCGUCUCUGGGCCGGCUGGUGCUGCAGUGUUUGUGCCCCGCCCUGCGGAGCCUGCUCUCCGAUGGCCUCAAGCCCCACCAGAGUGAUUUGAUCUUGGGCAGGAGGCCAAACUCAGCCUGGGGACUGGUCCAGGCCUCCACCAGGCCAGGGCCCAGCACUCAGUCCCUGUACAGCCUCCAGGCUAGAAUAGGAGAGCUGCCCCAGCUCCGGCAGAACAAACACAGGUUCAACGCCUUCCUCCUCGGCCUCCUCAACAUCAAGCUUAUGGAUUUCUGGCUGUCCCAUCUCCAGUCAUGCAGUGAUGUGUUGGUGACGUUCUACCAGCCCUCCUCCUUCAUGCGUUUGUCAUUGACUUCCUGCCAGCCUCUGUUUGAGGAGCUCCUCCUCCUGCUGCAGCCCCUCAGUCUCCUGACCCUUAACCUCGACCUGCUCUUCCAGCACCACCACCUGGAUCCAGCCAAUCACAGCCCAGAGAUCCCCAGCCCACCCAAUCAGGACCUGGGGUUCAGGCUCUCGCCCCGGGGGUCCGCUUCCCUAGGCAGGGGCAGCAGCUAUCUUGAGAGCCUAUCAGAGCUGGACUUUGGGAGAGCAGAACCCGAGGUGACCAAUCAUAAUGCGAGCUCGUCGUCCCUGGCCAACUCAGGGGUGGGAGGGUUGGUGGAGUCACUGAAGCCAGCGAGUCUCAGUGUGGGGCCUGCAAAGGUCUCUGGGGGUCUUGCGGAGACAAGUCCUCAGCUGAUGUGGGUUCAUAAGAAAGAAAUUAGGGAGCUAGCUCCUCCUAAUGUUGAGGAGGCCAGUCUCUCCCAACAGGCAGGACAGGUGAUCCAGCAGGGAUGGGGGGCUGUGGUACGCUGGGGGGGCAAGCUGGGCCAGAACCUGGCUGAACUCAGCCUGUCUGCAGUACAGAACCAGGAGGGGACAUCCAGAGACCCCCCAGAGCCCCAGACCAGUACCCAGGCUAGGAGUGACCCUCCUCAGGUCGAUGGAGCAUUGGCGGUCCCCUGGGGUUUGGGACGGCUGUUUGGAGCCUCCAAUAACCCCACGAUACCCACACUUCCAACCAGACGUCCGUCUCAGUGGCUGUCUCCAGGGGUGUCUGUUCUGACCCGGAUGGUGAGCAGCAGUUCCAGCGCUGACCAGAGGAGGGCGCUGGAGCCCCAGCAGGUAGAAGAGGUGUUAGAGAGAGAGAUGGAGGAGACAUGGGACAACCCAAGACCCCUCAGGUCAGUCAGAACACUAUGCGACCACUCUGGCACAGGGGCGGAGCUAAGCUUCCAGAAAGGGGAGGAGUUAGUGGUUUUAGGGUGUGUCGAUCAGGACUGGAUUCGCUGUCGUCAGGGAGACCGAGAGGGGCUCGUACCCAUUGGCUACGCCUCACUGAUCCUGUGAUUUCAGACACCUGAUCAGAGUUUUGAUUGUUUGAAUAUAUCUGGGGGAGGGAAAAUGAAGUCAUAAAGCUAUAAUGUAUUUAGGCAACCAUAAAGAGGCUGUGGUGAAGUCCCAAUGCUCUCAGAGAAAUAGUUCACCCCUGAAUCUAAGUUCAAAUCACAUGUUUAUAUCUCUAAAGUGGUCCAAAGUCGUAUGUCAGGGUUCCCCAACUGGCGGCCCAUGAUUUUAUAAGGGUUUGGGUUACUUGUUGGACAUAAAAUACUACCAUCAGUAAAUGUUGGAAAUCUGUUCCAAGGUAUUCCCACACAUAGAGAGAGAUGUGAUUGUUUACAAAUCUAAGCAAGGUUUGAAAUGCUUAUAUUUUAGUCAAAUGUUAUCUGUUUGGGCUUCUUGCGGUCAAUUUGCAGUCUACAAAUGAUUUGUGAUUAUGUUCCACUGGUGGCUGAAUCUAGUUGAUGAUCUCUGGUCUAAGUGAUUUAGUUCAGUCCCUACUCCGCACCAUCUGUUGUGUAGAUCCCACUAUAUGCACUGGUAGAAAUGUGCAAAACUCAAUCCCUAAAGAACUGUACCAUCUAAUGCCAUCUAAUUAGGGGGAUUUAAGGAAGAUUUAAUUUAGCUCACCAGAUGGUAUGGAAUAUGGACCCAGCAUGACUUCAGACCACUUUUGAAGUGUGAAAACUUCAGACAAACACUUAUCUUGGUGUGGACUAUCCCUUUAAAUGUCCUCCAUUCAUCAUCUCUCUUUUGUGACCACUGAUCUGAGAAGGACUGGAUAAAGCUUUGUAGAAUUCUAUUCAUAGGUUGCACCUCCGUCACGUCAUACCAAGCCGCCAUCGGCGGUGACCUAAAGUGGUGAUAAGCCCCGUCGUUCUGAACUGAGUCUAACUACGGUUUAGUCUAAAUUACAAUAUAGUGCCUGUGGAAAUACGGUGUCGUUGCUAAAGUAGUCAAAUAUGUAGUAGGAAACAACUUUCCCAGCAUGAUCAUGUCGUCAAAUUUACUUUAGACAGAUGGCAACGUCAUCAUCUAGCAAAAUUUGGCAAAAAUAGCUAGCAAAGCUAACAUUAGCUAGUUGCAAUCAGAUGGCCUCCCCUCAAUUUAAGCUAGUUAGCUAAUGUUAUACUGCAUUUAAAGUCUAUCUGGUGACAUCAAAAUGAUGACGAAAGAAUUUCCUAAUAAUUAUUUGCCUGUUUUUGAAUGUCAUCCUGGCCACUGAAAUACACUUUGGAUGAAAUCUUCAUCAGCGCUUAUUGAUGAUGCAUUGAGUAGAACGCUCAGUCGGGCAUCAGUCCAAACGAACGUUAAAAACAAUAUUGUGACGAAACAUGCAACCAAUGCAUUCAGCUUAUCCAAACACUUUCAGAUCAGCAGUCACUAUGGGAAGAUGUAUAGCCUGGUAGCCAGGUCGGUUUCUGCUCUAGACCCAGACCUUGCCGCCAGGCUAACCGGUGAAGGGAGCCAUGGUAGAGUAUUGGAGCGUAGCCCCUGUAGUACCAUAGUGAAAUGUAGCUGUUUUCUGUGUUCUAUUUGACCUUUCACCCCUAUUGAUCUCUCACCUCUUUCACUUGGUCUCUGUGUGUUUGACAUGUUCCCACUACAAUUAAUAGUCCGUUUAAAAAGGAUAACUAUUUGACUGUAUAAAUAUACAUACAUAAUAUAUAGGUAUAUGAAUAUAGAUUAAUUUAACCGAUAGAUAGAUAACCAAGAGAAAACAGAUAAUUUGUAAGUCGCUCUGGAUAAGAGCGUCUGCUAAAUGACUUAAAUGUAAAUGUAGUCAAACGUUACUAUAGAUAAGGUUGAUCAUGAAUCAAAUUGAUAAGUGAUCUGGCCUUUUAUCCCCAACUCACCAGUCACUACUCUAUAGUCAUUAUACACACGGACAGCUCCAGUGUUUUUGUCAAUUAUUGGAAUCCAGUGGCUUCAUUUUAGUGUGUGUUUGCAUUGUCUUGACUUCAUAUCCUUCAUAUCUUCAUCAUAACCUGAUAGAUUUAGUCUCAUACCUUUAGACUGUAUUUAUUGUAUAAUGAAUGCUUUGAGUGAAUGCAGUGGGGUUGGGCUCAAUAUGGCAGUCAAUUCAGGAAGUAAACUGAAAUCCCAAUUCGAUGAUUGAAACAGGGGCCUGUAUUUUUAAUGACUUCUUAAUGAAUUGAAAAGGAGAAGCUUUUUAUGUUUUUUAAGUAGCUGAUUUUAAAUUCAAAUCUCUUCCUGAAUUGGCAGCCUUCAAUUCGAAUUGAGCCCAACCCUUGAAUGCAGAAGAAUAUCUAUCUAUAUGACACAUAUCUAUCUAAAGGACAUUCUAGUAUCCAACAGUAUAUAAAUAUAACUGGCAUAGCAAUGCUGUAACUUCAAUCAGUCCACACCUCUUAAACCUCACUAACACAUACUACUCAGUGCUUAUAUAUCAAUGUUUUGAGACGGACAGAUAAACAGACAGGUAGACAGACAGAUAAACAGAUAGAUAAACACAGACAGAUAGACAGACAGAUAAACAGAUAGAUAAACAGACAGAAACAGUCUGAGGGACUUGAGACCUGUCUCUUUCUACUCAUCCCAGGGAUGAUCAACUCUAGUCUGGUUACUUUUCCUUUACCUCAUAGAUCAAUUGGUAUCUUUGAUUCCCCAGAUAUUUAACUUGACUGGUUACCUGGGCGUUACUAAGUCUGACUUCAAGACAAUUCAAAAGGCUACUGAGACCAGUAGACAAUGUGGGUUUCCAGGGCCAUAGUUGUAUGUUCCUGACCGUGACUAUCCAAGCUUUCAGAUGAAGCAGUAAGCUACUCCCUGAUGUACUGUAUGUGUAUGAAGACACCACGACUGUCAAGCCUAUGUGUUUGAGGGAGAGGCUGCCCUUCCCCCAACCGUACCCCAGCUCUCAUACAGUGGGGAGAACAAGUAUUUGACACACUGCCGAUUUUGCAGGUUUUCCUACUUACAAAGCAUGUAGAAGUCUGUAAUUUUUAUCAACUGUGAGAGACAGAAUCUGAAACAAAAAUCCCGAAAAUCAACAUUGUAUGAUUUUUAAGUAAUUAAAUUGCAUUUUAUUGUA